CUGUCUUCUUUCCUUUUUCUAUCUCAAUUCAAUUUCGAAGGUAGAAUGAUUACCUUCUCUUUUUUUUUCUUUUUUUUUAUUUUUAAUUGCACCAAAUCUCCCUGGGUUUUUCUUCCAUCAUUUGCUUGAUCUCAUCAAUUCGACUCAUCAAGAAUUGUUUCGUGAAGAUGGACAAAAAUUUGAUGGACAAAGUUAGUGCCUUUGGUGAACGCCUCAAGAUUGAAGGAGCUGAGGUGGGCAGAAAAGUAAGUGCUGGCAUGAGCUCAAUGAGCUUUAAGAUGAAGGAGCUCUUCCAAGGCCCGAACCAAGCUGAUAAGCUUGUUGAUGAUGCAACCUCAGAGACCCUUAGUGAGCCUGAUUGGGCCUUAAAUCUUGAAAUCUGUGACAUGAUCAAUCACGAAAAAAUUAGCAGUGUUGAAUUGAUCCGUGGCAUAAAGCGGAGGAUAAUGAUGAAGAGCGCUAUGGUUCAAUACUUGUCCUUGGUUUUGCUUGAAUCUUGUGUCAAGAAUUGUGAGAAGGCAUUCUCAGAGGUGGCAGCUGAGAGGGUUCUCGAUGAAAUGGUUAAGCUAAUCGAUGAUCCUCAGACCGUUGUUAAUAAUCGGAACAAAGCUUUGACGCUUAUUGAAGCGUGGGGGGAGUCAACCAGCGAGCUCCGCUAUUUGCCUGUUUAUGAAGAAACUUACAAGAGUUUAAAAUCAAGGGGUAUUCGCUUUCCUGGUCGUGACAAUGAGAGUUUGGCACCUAUUUUUACUCCUCCUCGUUCAGUUUCAGCACAAGAAGUGGAUGCUAGUCUUGCGCAGCAGUUUCAACAUGAAAUGCAGCUUCAGCAUGAUAUUCCUGUUCAAAGCCUUACAGCUGAACAAACAAAAGAAGCAUUUGAUGUGGCAAGAAACAGUAUUGAGCUUCUUUCAACUGUGUUAUCAUCAUCUCCUCAACAAGAUGCUCUUGAGGAUGAGUUGACAACCACACUUGUCCAGCAGUGUCGUCAGUCCCAAUCCACAGUUCUAAGAAUCAUUGAGACUGCUGGAGAUAAUGAGGCCGUGCUUUUUGAAGCUUUGAAUGUGAAUGAUGAGAUCCAAAAAGCUCUCUCAAAGUAUGAAGAGUUGAAGAAGCCAACAUUAGUUGCUCAUGAGCCAGAACCUGCAAUGAUUCCUGUGGCUGUUGAGCCUGAUGAUUCACCCCGUCAUGCAAAAGAAGAUGCCUUAAUCAGAAAACCAGCAGGUACUCGACACGGAACACAUGGGGGAAGCAAUGAUGACAUGAUGGAUGAUCUUGAUGAAAUGAUUUUUGGUAAGAAAGGUGGGGGUUCAUCUGAAAGUGGGCAAGAUUCAAAGAAGCAGCAAGCACCAAAAGAUGAUCUAAUCACAUUUUGAGUGCUACUUUAGGACGGAAGGCCUCGACGGGCAUCAUUGUAGGCAUUGAACAGAAGUUUGAACUUUGACAGGACUGUGGACUUUUUUCUUUCACAUACUUCCAAGUUAUGUGUAAGUAAUUAAUGUUUGGAUUUAUUUACACAAUUAUUUGAUGAGUAUACAUGGGAGGAUUGUUAUGAGCAGAAUAAAGCUGUUUGGCUCUCAUAAUUGUGGUA